GCUCCUUAUAUCUAAUGUAAAAAAGAGAAGAGAAUUAUGGGAUUACAAAUUACCACUUACAUUAAGAUCUCGAAAUGUAAUUGCAAAACACUGGCAAAAAAUAUCUAAGGAAUUAAAUGGAAUUCUAACGCCAGAGGCUGCAUCUAAAAAGUGACGAUAUCUCAAAGAUUCCUACAUGCGUAUCCGUAAUGAUAUGAUAAAGAAAAAAAGUGGCUCAGCAGCAAGUAAGGUUAUUAAGUGGCAGUGGUAUGAAUUUAUGGAAUUCUUACACGAUAUACAGGAUUCACGUAGUACUACUAUCAAUUAUUUAAGUAAACAGAACGAUUCUGCGUCAAGUGAAAUAUCUGGACCUGAAGAAGAUACUGUUUUAAUGAAGAAACGACGAAGAUCGGAUAAUGACGAUUUACUUAAGACUGUAUCAUUCAUCAUGAAGCAACCGGUAAAAAUAGACGCAUCGUCAUUGCAACAAAUGCGACAAGAAGCUACAGUAUCUGCAUGUGUACCCACACCUGUACCAUUACAAGAUAAUAUUAGUCACAUAAUGAAAUUAAUAGAAAAUGUAUUACGUGAAUUUCCAGAUAAUGAAGCAUUUUCUUAUGGGCUACAAUUAUUACAAUUAGUUUCAGAAAAAAAAGAUCAGUUACAUAAGAAACUAUGAGUCUUGUUGUGUUUAUUCUACGUAUGUUGUAAGUGUUAAGUUAUUUAACAUUAUAAAGACUGUUUUUUAUUAGAGGAAGAGCAAAACAAAGAUUUAUCACAAUGAUUAUUAGCAUCCAUAAGUUCAAUAUAUCUAACAGAAACACCAGUAACUGAAGCAGAAAUAGAAUUAAAAGAAAAUAUACAAAAAUUAUUGCUGGAUAGCAUUUUUCACUAUAAUGGGUUGAAAGUAACAGAAGAAAUCUAUCUCGAUUAUCAAGAACCUUAUAAAUUACAUAAUUCUGAAAUAAUUGAAGAUGAUGAAGAAGCAUGGAGUGAAGAUAAUUUAAAUUCCCACCCUCAAUGUUCAAAUGAUGACACAGACUUUGAUAGUUCAUAUAAAAGACGAGCUGUUGAGUAUUGGCGGAAUUGGGACUGUAACGUCCGGUGCGCCUGCAGAGUAGCGCCCCGUACUACACAAGAGACCGCGAGCACAGAGUAUAGCACAAGCUAUAACAUGUGCCAAACAACAAUCGGGCAAAGCUAUAGGCCGCGCCGCCGAACGAUUCCGCCGUGCAACCCAACAAAGGAAACGCCGUAAAAAUGCAUCUUCCCGUAAAAACUACAAUACGGUUAAAACGAGCAUAAAGAAAUCAAUAUAUAACGCGAAAAUCAUCAUCAACGCAGGAACCGCCCCUCAGGCAGGACAAGA